AUGGCAGAUUGUAAACCAGUCAACACUCCAAUGGAAACAGGCUGUAAAUUGACCAAAUCUGAUGACUCACCUGCAGUAAAUCAAUCUGAGUACAGGUCAAUGAUAGGAAGUCUAUUAUAUUUAACUGCAUCUCGACCAGAUUUAAUGUUUGCAGUUUGUCUAGUCUCUCACUUUCAAUCUGCACCUCAACAAUCUCAUUUGAAUGCUGUAAAACGAAUCUUUAGAUAUGUUCAAGGCACACUAGAUUAUGGUCUUUGGUAUCCCCGUACUAAUGACUUCACUCUUGUUGGCUUCACUGAUUCUGAUUGGGCUGGUUGUCUAGAUGAUCGUAAAAGCACCAGUGGAGCUGCCUUCUUUCUUGGUGAUUGUCUUGUUGCUUGGCACAGUAAAAAGAAAGAUUGUGUCACUCUGUCCACCGCAGAGUCAGAAUAUAUAGUGUUGGCUAAUGAGUUUCAAUUAGUGUUUGUUCCUUCACAAGCUCAAGUUGCUGAUAUUUUUACAAAAGCUUUAUCUAAAGACACAUUUGAGAGGCUUCGCGAUCGUUUUAAAGGCUAUACAGGUUUUGAUCAUGUUACAGUUUUUUUGUAUUCAGCUCAGAUUUUGGGACAAUUGUUUGCUCAGCACAGUUCUGAUGGUACAAUUGUUAUAAAUGGAGUUAACAGAGGAAAAUUCUCAAUUUGUUUUUCAGGAGGAUAUAGCAAAAGCAAACUCCCGACAGGUGAGAACAGCUGUUAUGAUAAGAAAUAUUCCCAACGUAUACAGGUGCAGCGAUUUAAUGAGAAGAGCACAGAUGCUUCAAUGUACUUUUAA